UAUCCUUAUAGGCUCCGAUUCCAAUCGAGCGAAAACCCUAACUCUCGUUUACGAGAAAUAAAAAAGCCCUACCUCUCGGAUAAAGAGAGAGAAGGGUUCUGCAACUCUGGUUCAGCCAUGGACGCGAUAAGGAAGCAACUCGAUGUCUUAAUGGGAGCGAACCGAAACGGCGACGUCAGGGAGGUGGAUCGCAAGUACUACGACCGUGACGUCUGCCGUCUUUUCCUCUCUGGCCUGUGCCCUCAUGAGCUCUUUCAACUCACUAAAAUGGAUAUGGGACCAUGCCCAAAGGUGCAUUCGUUGCAGCUGAGGAAAGAGUAUGAGGAAUCGAAGGCAAAAGGUACUGACAACUAUGAUAGGGACUUGGAGGAUGUCAUUGAUAGACUUAUUGUUGAGUGUGACCGGAAAAUUGCUAGAGCUCUUAAAAGACUUGAUGAUGAAGAUGCUAAGGCUGCUAUUGCCAUCUCAGUAUCCGAAGUUACGCAGACACCAGAGAUUCUAGAAUUAUCAAAACAAAUCAAGGAGAAGCUGAAAGAAGCUGAUCAAUAUGAUCUUGAAGGCAAGACGGAUAUGAAGAUUAGAGCUCUUGAAGUGGUGGAAGAGCUCAGGACUAAAAGAGCAGACAAACAGUCGAUGCUACUUUUGGAUGCUUUCAACAAGGAUCGAGCUUCGCUACCUCAGCCUCUUACGAACCCUCCCCAAUUGGCACCUUUGCCUGCUGCUACUCCUGAUCCUCGUAUACAGGAAAUGAUAAAUGAGAAGCUAAAGAAAGCUGAGGAUCUUGGUGAACAAGGAAUGGUUGAUGAAGCACAGAAAGCAUUGGAAGAGGCCGAGGCACUUAAAAAGCUUCCAGCACGGCAGGAAAAUGUUGCGGAUUCUGCUAAAUAUACUGCUGCUGAUGUGCGAAUUACUGAUCAAAAGCUACGUGUCUGCGACAUAUGUGGAGCAUUUUUGAGUGUUUAUGACAGUGAUCGCCGUUUAGCUGAUCAUUUUGGAGGAAAGCUUCACUUAGGCUAUAUGCAAAUCCGCGAAAAGUUGGCCGAGCUUCAGGAAGAGAGAAACAAGAAGCGAAAAGCCCAUGAAGAAGAGAGGAGAUCAAGAGAGCGCAGAAGUCGGGAUCGUGACAGGGAACCUAGUAAGGAUGUGGAACAAGGUGACAGCCGUGACCGAGGGAGGGAUCAUGAUCGACAGAGCAGAGACCGAGAUCGAGAUUAUGAUCGUAAUCGUGGUUAUGAUCGCGAGCGUGAUAGAGAAAGAGAUCAUUCUCGCAGCUAUGAUUCAAGGAGUCGCCGCAGAUCACGAUCCCGAUCAAGGGAACGUUCUAGAGACUAUGAUCGCCACAGGCGCUCUGACCGUUACUAGCUGAAAAUGGUUUUGGAAAGAUAGAUUGGAUUUUUUGUUGGUCUGGUCGGUGCUGACCUGAUGUAGGAUUCGCAAGAUGUUACUCUGUUUAUUUUAAGUUGUGGACGUCGAAGAUUGGUCUUUUGUAUUUGCUAGUGGAACCCGCCUGCUGUUGUUUACAACCGCUUGUGUAUGUCAGCUUUAUACUACUAGUUUUAUUUUAUUUGUUAAACUAGCAUGAUCCUCGCAAGUAAAAAAAGUUUUGUGCUUCGGUUGCUGGGAA